AUGAAGCUCGUGUCUGCCGUCUUCGCUGUUGCCUCAGUCGCGCUGGUCUUCGGCUCGCUGCCCACUGGUGCCCAAGAUGGAUCCAGCUAUAGCAACGUCUCAGUCAGCGACCUCAUCCCAAGCAACAUCUCGAGCGGCACCAUCGGAACGUCAUUGCAGCCCGCUAACAGCACAGUCCCGAUCGGCACCAAGACGUACGUCGCUAGUCUCCGAGUGAACGCGACCCACAACAACUUCUGCGCUGCUACGCUCAUUACCCCCAAGCAUCUCCUCACGGGCGGCGCCUGCGUUGGCGGCAACAUUCGCUACGCGUCGAUCGGCUCGCACUACAAUAACGGCACGGAAGAUGGGGAGCAGAUCAAGGUCGUGGGGAUCCUCAGCCACCCCAACAACUCCGAGAGCUCGCAAUACUCGUACGACUACGUGGUGCUGGAGCUGCAGAAGCCCAGCUCCUUCAAGCCCAUCGCACUCGGUGCGGCGGACGGAUCGGACAUCAAGGUGGGCGAGACGGUGACCAAGCUGGGCUGGUACAACACUGGAGGGGCGGACCAGCACGCCCACGAACUGCAGCGUGCGGACGUGCAGCUCAUUAGCAACGAAGAAUGCUCCAAGCAGACGUUCGUGGACGACACCUUGAUGUGUUCACGUGCCGUGGGCAAUGAGCCCUCGUGUACGGGGGACUACGGCGGUCCCCUCAUCGUGGAGCGUCCUGAAGGCGACGUUUUGGUUGGCUCGGUUAGCUGGGGCGCUGACUGCAAGAAGGCCGGAUACCCUAGCUACUACUCGCGUCUUCCAGUCGGCCUUGACUGGAUUCAGUCGAUCGUGAAGGGCGAGUGCUACCAUAGAGAGAUUGUUGCGGAUCGGCUCGCAACUCCUUACUCUCUUUAG